AUGGAGCAACUCCGUAAGAUCGUCAUAAAGAGUUGUGGUGUAGAGGAGAUUGAGAUCGGGAGGGUAUCAUACGACACGUUUCUGAUAAAGCCGACACUAAAGAACCUCUCAAGUGUGAUUAUAACUGGCUGCGAUGGCCUUAAGGAUCUGACGUGGCUGUUGUUUGUUCCAAAGCUUGCUCACCUUAAGCUUCAAAGGUUAGAUGAGGUAGAAGAGAUCAUAAGCGAGAAGAGAACGACAGGUGAGCAAAACGCUGGAAGAACAAAGACUCCGUUUGAUAAACUUGAAAGGCUUGAAUUGAGUAACUUACCGAUGUUGAGGAGCAUAUACAGGACUCCUCUGCUCUUCCCUUGUCUAAAGAAGAUUGGUGUUGAAAGUGUCCAACACUGA